UUUCUCUUUCACACAAAUGUAAUCACACAAUGGCCGACUCAACUCACUCACCAUCACCAACGACUUCAUCAACAGGAACCACAACCCAAACCACUGGGCCAUGGCGUGUGAUACUCAUCACGGCCAUAGCCACAAUGUUGUUAGCUCUACUUGUGGUCCAUUUCGAUAAUUUUGAUGCAGCUCCAUAUUCUCCUGAAGAGUUAGCCAAAAAACCAAAUACUUUAAUACCAAAAGUGAACCAAAAAAUGCUUCAUGGGUCUGAAAAGAUAGGCCAGGGUCAGCUGUUGGGACCAGAAGAUAUUGUGUAUGACUCGAAUUUGGGUGUUAUAUAUACGAGUUGUUAUGGUGGGUGGGUUAAACGAGUCAGGUUGAAUGACUCGAUGGUUGAGGACUGGGUUAACACUGGUGGUCGACCUCUUGGACUCGCUCUUGGUCACUUAGGUGAGGUUUAUGUUGCUGAUGCGUUUAAGGGAUUACUUAAAAUAACCAAAGAUGGCGAACUAGAAAUGUUGACAAACGAGGCCGAGGGCAUAAAAUUUGCAACAACAGAUGCUGUAACAGUUGCAAAAAAUGGCAUAUUGUACUUCACAGAUGCCUCGUGGAAAUACGACUUGCACGAUCAUGCGCUAGACAUAUAUGAAGGCCGGCCUUAUGGUAGAUUAAUGAGCUAUGAUCCAUCGACAAAGCAGACGAAAGUGGUUGCUCGAGAUCUCUACUAUGCUAACGGUGUUGAGAUGUCGCCGGAUCAAGAUUUUGUUAUCUUUUGUGAAACUCCCAUGAUGAGAUGCAUGAGAUACUACAUACAUGGGGAUAAAGAGGGUCUAACAGACCUAUUUGUAGAUAGGCUACCUGGUAUCGUUGACAACAUUCAUUAUGAUGGUGAAGGUCACUAUUGGAUCGGGAUUCCAUUGGAGCAUUCAUAUGUAUGGGAUCUUUCGCGUAAAUAUCCAUUUAUUAGAAAGGUCCUUGCAUUUCUGGAAAAGCACAUGAAACGACCUCCAAUAGAGAAAAAUUCAGGGGUAGUUGCUGUGGAUUUGAAUGGGGAACUGCUUGAGCGAUACUAUGACCCUAGCCUGAAAAUGGUUACAACAGGAACAAUGAUUGGGGAACAUUUAUAUAUUGGAAAUCUGAUAGAGUCGUCCAUCAUACGCCUCAACCUUGCUCAAUAUCCUGCUACUGCACUCUCUUCAGCAAAAUGACAAAUGUCCCCCUUUUGCUGCUGCUUUUUUUCUUCAUAGCAUAAGCGGUUUGUAACGCAGGAUGAUUUUCUCUUGUAGGUAGCAUUUGAUGUUUAUGAAUGUUAAAUGGGAUGCUAUGAUAUAUAAUAUACGAAACAUGUAUCUCAGUAGUUUGCAUAAGAGUAGUAUUUACUUCAAUUUCUGGCCAAAA